UUAAACUAGGACUACUUGAAUCUCUGGAUGGUCUCUCCGGUUUCAGAUUCGAAGCAAUCCCUGAUGGCCUACCUCCGUCAGAUCCUGAUGCAACCCAAGACAUACCUGCACUAAGCCAUUCCAUCAUAGAAAAUAAGAUGCUGCUUCCGUUUCAGAACCUCCUCGCAAAACUCAAUGCAGGAAUCCAUCCGGUCACUUCCAUUCUCUCGGAUGGGUUCAUGCCCUUCGCAGCUGAUGCUGCACAGUCAUUAGGAGUACCCGUGGUUUUUCUCUGGACCGUUUCUGCUGGUGCAUUUAUGGGAUUUUGUCAGUCUCGCAAUCUUCUUGAAAAAGGUCUAAUACCUUUGAAAGAUGAUAGCUGCCUUACAAAUGGAUAUUUGGACACAAUCAUUGAUUGGAUUCCAGGAAUGCCAAAUAUAUGCUUAAGGGAUCUCCCCGGCUAUGUCCGGACCACGGAUCCAGACGAUUUAAUCCUCAACUACAUAAUAAAAGCUACUGACAGAGCUCGUAAUGUUACAGGGAAUGUAUUUCACACUUUUGACGAUUUGGAACCAGAACUUGUGAAUGCCAUCUCUACUAUGUUUCCUAAUGUAUGCACAAUAGGUCCUCAACAGUUGCUCCUCGACCAAGAACCGUUUGAAAAGGUUGAGCAACUUAAGGCCAUUGGAUAUAGUCUAUGGGAGGAGGAACAAACAUGUCUUCAGUGGCUAGACUCUAAAGAAGCCAACUCUGUUAUUUACGUAAACUUUGGAAGUAUAACUGUCAUGUCUCCAGAACAAUUGGCGGAAUUUGGCUGGGGGCUUUCUAAUAGCAACCACCACUUCUUAUGGAUAAUCCGGCCUGAUAUGAUUGUGGGUGAUUCCAAAACAACUCUGGGACUCGAGUUUAUGGAAACCAUCAAGGGGAGAGGCUUCAUUGCAAAGUGGUGCCCUCAAGACGAAGUCAUCCGCCACCCUUCUGUGGGUGGGUAUUUGACACAUGGAGGGUGGAACUCGAUACUGGAGAGCUUAUCAGCUGGUGUGCCAAUGCUGUGUUGGCCACAUUUUGGGGAUCAGAUAUCGAAUUGUAGGUACGUUUGUGACGAAUGGGAGUGUGGAAUGGAGAUUCGUAAUGAUGCAAACAGAGAUGAUGUGGAGAAGCUUGUUAGGCUGUUAAUGGAUGGAAUUGAGGGUAAUAAGAUGAAGAGCAAGGCUAUGGAGUGGAAGAAACUGGCGGAAAAGGCAUGUGGUCCUGAUGGCUCAUCAUCGGCUAAUUUAGACAAACUGGUUCUUCUUCUGACAAACUAGAACUUCACAGUUUCAUCUGUUUUCCCUCCCAUUUCCCCUCCAUUUGCCAUAAAUAUUGUUUAUCAAGUUGAGGAAGCACUUGUAUUUAGUUAACGCAACUUUCAGGGGCGUGGCUUGAUGCCUGCAUGUUAAGUGAUUACUUCCUGUAUCCAGUGUGCUUGAUUAUCCAAUAGCAAUAUCAAUAACAGAGAGUUUGUGAAA